AAUCUGUAAUCUAAAAAAAAAAACAUUGAAAGAUGGACGCGCACAUGAUCAUGAUUAUGAUUCCUUGCUGUUGAAAAUGUAUUUUUACAGUGAAUAGGAGUAAAAAUUGUAAAAUUCAGUAACUGUGUUCAGUGAAAAUGACAGACAUGCCUCCUUAUCUCGUUGCCAAAGAUGAGGAGAGUGAAAGUGGGCAAGUGGACAGUGAGACCUCUGGGGAAAUAGACGAUUGGGACUUACCUCUUGUUUUUGAUGAACCCAAACAAACAGAACUCUAUAAGCCUGAUGAUCGAGUGGAACACUCCUGGAGACUCAAGGAGAAGUACAAGACUCACUGUGUGGCGCUGGUGCUGUGCCUCAAUGUGGGUGUGGACCCGCCGGACGUCGUAAAGACACAUCCCUGCGCCAGGCUCGAGUGCUGGAUUGAUCCCCUGUCGCUGUCUCCGACCAAGGCGUUGGAGAACAUCGGGCACGCGCUGCAGGCGCAGUAUGAGCGCUGGCAGCCGCGCGCGCGCUACAAGCAGAGCCUCGACCCCACCAGUGAGGAGGUGAAGAAGCUGUGCUGCUCGCUGCGGCGCAACGCCAAGGACGAGCGCGUGCUGUUCCACUACAACGGACACGGCGUGCCCAAGCCCACCAGCCAGGGGGAGAUAUGGCUCUUCAAUAGGGCGUUCACCCAAUACAUCCCGCUGUCGAUGUACGACCUGCAGUCGUGGAUGGGCGCGCCGUCGCUGUACGUGUACGACUGCUCCAACGCCGGCGUCAUCGUCGACAACUUCAAGAUCUUCGCCGACCAGCACGAGCGGGACUACGAGCUACAAAAAUCCAAGGCUGGCACGGGCACCCCGCCUCCUCUCGUCUCCUACGCCGCCUGCCUGCAACUGGGCGCGUGCGCGGCGGGGCAGGCGCUGCCGGCGCACCCCGAGCUGCCCGCGGACCUGUUCACCGCCUGUCUCACCACGCCCGUCAAGAUGGCCGUCCGGUGGUUCGUGCUCAGGUCCACGACCAGGGUCACGCCGACUAAUGUGCACGAUUUGAUUGAUAAGAUCCCCGGGCAGGUGACGGACCGGCGCACGAUGCUGGGCGAGCUGAACUGGAUCUUCACGGCCAUCACGGACACCAUCGCGUGGAACAGCCUCGCGCCGGAGCUGUUCCAGCAGCUGUUCCGCGCCGACCUGCUCACCGCCAGCCUGUGCCGGAACUUCCUGCUCGCCGACCGCAUCAUGAGAUGCUACAACUGCACUCCAGUCUCGUCCCCCGCUCUCCCGUCUCUGGCCAGCCACCCGCUCUGGCAGGCGUGGGACCAGACGCUGGACCUGGCGCUGGCGCAGCUGCCGGGCAUGUUGGGCCCCGAGCGCCGCCCCUACCAGCACUCGCCCUUCUUCCGAGAACAGCUCACGGCGUUCCAAGUGUGGCUCGACCUCGGUUCUCCGUCGCGGCCGCCGCCAGACCAGCUGCCCAUGGUGCUGCAGGUGCUGCUGAGCACGCUGCACCGCGUGCGCGCGCUGCAGAUACUGUGCCGCUUCCUCGCGCUCGGUCCGUGGGCGGUGCGCGCGGUGCUGGCGGUGGGCAUCUUCCCGUACAUGCUGAAGCUGCUGCAGGCGUCGGCGCCCGACCUGCGCGCCUCCAUGGUCUACAUCUGGGCCAAGAUCAUCGCCGUGGACCCGAGUUGUCAAGUCGAUCUAGUCAAUGCCAAAGGGCACAAAUACUUCUUGUCGGUUCUACAGGAUCCCACUGUCGAUAUGGAGCACCGCACGCUGGCGGCGUACGUGCUGUGCGGCAUCGUGGACAACUACCCCGCGGGGCAGGAGGCCGCGCUGCAGGGCGGCAUGAUCUCGAUCUGCUUGGAGCAGCUGAGCGCGGCGUCGGCCCCGUCCCCCUCGCCCUCCCCCUCCCCCGCCGCCCCCGCGGCCCCCGCGCGGCUGCUGCGCUGGCUGUGCGCGGCGCUGGCGCGGCUGUGGCAGCGCUACGACGACGCGCGCUGGGCUGGUGUCAGGGACAAUGCGCAUGAGAAGCUGGCGCCGCUGCUUACGCAUCCGGAUCCUGAUGUGAGUGUGCGUUGCGUGUGCAUCUUCGCGCUGGGUGCGUCGUGUCCGCGCGCGCGCACCGAGCACGCCGGCGCGCUGCAGCAGCAGGCGGCGGCGGCGCUGCUGCAGCGCGCCUGCGACGACGCCGCGCCGCCCGCCCGCCAGGCCAUCCUGCACGCCCUACAGUGGAUGGUGCUGAGCUACGAGCAGUACCUGGUGUCGGUGGCGACGGCGGAGCGCGCGCGGCGCGGGGCGCGCGUGGACCCCGGCCAGGACGCGCUGCGGGCGCGCCCCGCGCCGCCGCUGCCCACCAUCGGUCGCAACUCCGUGUACACGCGGCUGUGGGCCAUGCUGACGACGCUGGCGCGCGACCCGCACCCGCAGGUGGCCGCCAUGGCCGACGACAUCGUGGCCUACAUCACCAACCAGCUGGACACAGUUGGUCGCGACUUCGAGAUGGUGCGCAGCAGCGGCGGCGGGAGCUCCUCGCUGCCGCCCUCGCCCAACACGCACGCCGGCGCGCUGGGGCACCGGCGCGGGCGCAGCAUGCUGCACAACGCCAUCGCGGAGGACCCCUCGCCGCACCGCGAGCGCCCCGACUCCACCUCCUCCACGGAAACAAUAAAGAAGCCCAUAGUGACGUUCGACUACAUCGAGCGCGCGGCCGCCGCCUUCGCGUGGGAAGAGAGCGAGUUUGAGGGCGUUGGGUCCGGGGCGCGGCGGCGGCGCGACCUGGAGUCCCGCGCGCACCAGCAGCGCGUGUGGCGCUACGGACGCAACGCCGAGCUGCGCAAGCAGGCCCGGGCGCUGGAGACGGCGCGCAUCACCCGCCUGGAGUCGCAGGUGUUCCACUCGCGCUGCCCGCUGCCGCCCGCCGCCGUGCUGUUCCACCCCUACGAGCAGCACGUGGCCGUCGCCUCCAGGGACAACUUCGGCAUCUGGGACUGGGGCACGGGCGCGCGGCUGGCGGCGGGCGCGUGGCGGCGCGGCUGCGGGCGCAUCACGGCGCUGGCGUGGCUCAACGCGCACGACCGCGCGCUGCUCGUGGCCGCCUCGCACAGCGGCGCGCUCACAGUCUACAGGCCGUCGGGCAGCAGCGCGGAGCCGCGGCUGGUGUCGGCGUGGCGCGCGCUGGAGCCCUGGCCCGCCGCCGAGCCGCGCCCGCCGCCCGCGCAGCCGCUCUACAGCACGAUGGGCAGCCCGUACCCCGCGCCGCCGACGGCCACGCUGCUGGCGCACUGCCCGCGCCGCGCCUCGCUCGCGUGCGCCGGACACGCGCCCGACGUGGCGCUGUGGGACCUGGCGCGCGCCCUGAGGCACGCCUCCAUACCCACAGAAAGCCAAGAAGCAGUCUCUGCCCUGUCCCAGUACGAGGACACGCUGUACUGCGGGUUCGCGGACGGCGUGGUGCGCUGCUGGGACGUGCGCGCCCCCCCGCGCGCCGCGCCCGCCCCCGCGCCCGCCCGCGCCGCCGCCGUGCUACUGGCGCAGCGCCGCGGCCACACGCUCGUCACCGCCUGUGUCGACGGGCAGGUGACGCUGCUGGACGUGCGGCGCGCGGACACCCCCCUGCACUCGCUGCUGGCCCCCGCGCCGCUCGCCGCCGCCGCCGUGCACCCGCGCGCCUCGCUGCUCGCCUGCGGAUCAGUGAACCAGAGCAUCAGCCUGUUCGACCUGUCGGGCGCGGCGCUGCACACCAUCAAGUUCCACGAGGGGUUCAUGGGCGCGCGCAUCGGGCCCGUCUCCUGCCUGUCCUUCCACCCGCUCAGGGUGGCGAUGGGCGUGGGCUCGAAGGACUCGACGGUGUCGGUGUACGUGUCGGAGCCGCGCCGGUGACCCUCGCUCUACAGCCUGGCUCUGCCGCUACCCUUCCACCAGCAGACAGGCUAAGACAGGAAGCUGAGCUUCACCAGCGGCGCGCCUCGGCGGGCAUCAUCAUAGCGAGUACAUACAUACUUAGUAUAUUAUAUACAUUACUACUUAUAUAUACGCAUUACGCAGCGGCUAGCAUAGCUCACACGCAAUCGUUACCGAAUUAUAUCGAAAUGAACGACAAUGUUUUAUUCUAUCGGUGUCCACAAUCGAAUACGUUCAACUCGAAAUGUUUUCUUGACUUCAAUAAAUAUUGGUUCUGAUUUGGUUCAAAGCACUAUUAGUCCUGUAGAAAUGCAUUAUAUUUAAUACAGAUGACGUUUUAUAUUUUUUUAAAACCUUGUUAUCCUCCAUAAAAUGUUGAUCACUUGUUCUGAUUGUGGGCAGCGACGCAACUUAGCUAAUAAGAACAUUUGGUGCUACAUUAUACCGAUAUAUUUAUUGUAAUGAUGGGCGUGUAUGAAAUAAGGUAAUAUAAGCUUGCGCGGGAUCGCUCUGUGGCUAGACACGUAUCGUCAUUUUAACUAUUCAAUUCUUUGUAAAUUAACCAUACAAUGCUUUAAUUACCUCCUUAAAAGCCCUGUGGUUGACACACGAUUAUAAUAUCCGUGUAUAAUUUUGUAAAUAAAUAUUAUGGCACUAAAUUGCAAUAUUAAUUUAUGAAAUAGCUAAGUUUUAGAGUAAGUUUGGUGUAACACAAAGAUUGACGCUCUCUGUGAGACGCUAAGAUGGAGCAAUGGAGUCAUAAGUUACUAUUUUAUUUUACUAUGUAGCUGUGGGGCCGUCCGGACGGGGGCGUGUGCCACGGGGGCGGGGGCGCGGGGGCCGGCUUGUGUUCAUCUUCUGUAGUUGUAACUGUAGCGGCCGUGGUCACAAGUGCUACACACAAUAAUGUUUCUUCACACACUUUCUAAGUUUGGGCUUUAUAGUGUAAGUUACUUCUUAUAUUCAUAUUUUUUGUGUAAACAAGGUAUAUCCAGGUUUGUAAUUAGUGAUUUAACAUAAAGUUCCUAAUAACUUAAUUGAAUAGAUGCCAUUUUUUUACUAUUUUUAGGGUGAUUUUUCAUUAUGUUAUUAAUUGCUGAAGAUAAAUUGUGUUCUUUAUAUUAUAUUUGUUAGUCAGUACAUACAUAAAUAGAUUUAUUAUUUGCAUGAAUGUGCUUAUUGUAAUUUAUGAUGAUUGAUGUUUUCCUAUAUUGAAUUGAUUGUAUGGAUUGGAUAUUAAUUAAUGGCAAAGAAUGUUUCAUGGGUAAUUGAAAGCAUUAUUGGUUGAUGAUAAACUGAUAAUAAUUAUUGCAAACAAAGGAUUGUGAAACCAAUAAGACAUAUAAGUUGAGUUUACAUUACUUUUAUUGUAAAAUUUGUGGCCAUAACACACUAUUUUAAUCAUUAUAAUAAGGGUGUACUUUUAAGAAAUAAUUAGCAAAAAAGAAAGUUGAACAAAAUUUAAUUUAACAAUAAAAUUGUUGGGACUUGUAUUGUACCGUUGCAUUUGUGUAUCAGGUGAUUUGCUUUUACAAAUUGUGUAAUUUAAUGUACAUUUUACAUAAUAAUUGUUGUUGUUACAAUAAAACAUCAAAUUAA